AUGAUGUUACGAUCUGGAUCUUCGCAGGUGUGCCGUCGUUCGCAUAUGGCAAAACAGAUGUCGCGUUUUUUGAAGAAUUUUCCCUCACCAUUUCAAACGAUCUACAUGUGUCCAACGACUGCUGCUGCUGCUGCUGCUGCUGCUGCUGCUGCUACUGUCCGAAGCAGGUGUGGUGCGCCAUUCUUCGAGGUUGCUGCAAUGGCACAUCCGAACAAUCCCAUACGAUAUGCAUAUGGUCCGAAGUGGUGUGUCUAUCAUGCCGACACUUCAACUGACCGACGAACUGACGGACGUCGUACUCGGUCGGUUACUCCACCACAGAUGGCCACCAUCAUCAAAAGCGUCGCUACAAGGAGCUGGAUUUUGUGA